UCCGGAUUUCCACAUUCUCCGGAGCGGGGCGCCGGGAGACGGCGGGUGGCAAAACCCGGCGCCCGGAAGCCCUUGCUUUCUUUGACGCAAAGGCUCGGGACGAAGCAGCCACCGUCUGCCCAGCGCCGGGCUAGGAGCGACCCCAGACGGAGCCUCCGAAGUCCCUCCGCCCCACAGCUUCGGCCGUCCCCGCCGCCGUCCUCGUGGCCAUGGAGUGUCCGCACCUCAGCUCCAGCGUCUGCAUCGCCCCGGACUCAGCCAAGUUCCCCAACGGCUCCCCGUCGUCCUGGUGCUGCAGCGGUGAGUGCGGCCCCGGAGCUGGCCGGCCGCGCACCCGAGGUCCCGGCUCUGGUCCGGGCCUUGCCGUCGAAGGGCCGCGGGCAGGUGGCGCGCGGCCUCGGGGGAGGCUGCGGGGAGCGGGCCGGGCGCGCGGGGUUGAGGGGGACGCGACGCGGCGGGCGCGGCGGCGGCUCCUUUGUUUCGCGCGGCCCGACGGCCGGGCCGGCAGAGGAAAGGCCCGCGGGGGCCCGAGGCGAGCGCGCAGCGUGUGCAGGUCCAACAAAAGCCCCUGGGUCUGUUUGACUUGUUCAAGUGUCCACUGUGGAAGGUAUGUGAACGGCCAUGCAAAAAAACAUUAUGAAGAUGCACAGAUAACCUUGCCCAACCAUAAGAGGUCAGAAAAGCAAGAGAAAGCUCAGCAUACAGUGUGUAUGGAUUGCAGUAGCUACAGCACAUACUGUUAUCGCUGUGACGAUUUUGUGGUCAAUGACACCAAGCUGGGCCUCGUGCAGAAAGUGAGAGAACACUUACAGAACUUGGAAAACUCAGCUUUUACAGCUGACAGGCAUAGAAAAAGAAAAUUAUUGGAAAACUCAUCACUAAACAGCAAGUUAUUAAAAGUAAAUGGAAGUGCGACUGCCAUCUGUGCCACAGGCCUCCGGAAUUUGGGCAACACAUGUUUCAUGAAUGCUAUCCUUCAGUCACUCAGUAACAUUGAGCAGUUCUGCUGUUAUUUCAAAGAACUGCCUGCUGUGGAAUUACGGAAUGGAAAAACAGCAGGAAGGCGAACAUACCACACCAGGAGCCAAGGGGACAACAAUGUGUCUCUAGUAGAAGAGUUUAGGAAGACACUGUGUGCUUUAUGGCAAGGCAGCCAGACUGCAUUUAGUCCUGAAUCCUUGUUUUAUGUUGUCUGGAAGAUCAUGCCUAACUUCAGGGGUUAUCAGCAGCAAGAUGCCCACGAAUUCAUGCGCUACCUUUUGGAUCACCUACACUUGGAACUUCAGGGUGGCUUCAAUGGUGUUUCCCGAUCAGCGAUUCUACAGGAGAAUUCCGCUCUGUCUGCAAAUAACAAAUGCUGCAUAAAUGGAGCCUCAACUGUUGUCACAGCGAUAUUUGGAGGAAUUCUCCAGAAUGAGGUCAACUGCCUCAUCUGUGGGACAGAGUCAAGGAAGUUUGAUCCAUUCCUAGAUCUCUCCUUAGAUAUUCCAAGUCAAUUCAGAAGCAAGCGCUCUAAGAACCAGGAAAGUGGGCCGGUUUGCUCAUUACGAGAUUGUCUCCGAAGCUUCACUGACCUAGAGGAACUUGACGAGACAGAGUUGUAUAUGUGCCACAAGUGCAAAAAGAAACAAAAGUCCACAAAAAAGUUUUGGAUUCAGAAACUUCCCAAGGUGCUGUGCUUGCACUUGAAAAGGUUCCACUGGACAGCAUAUUUAAGAAACAAAGUUGAUACGUAUGUAGAAUUCCCGCUGAGAGGCCUGGACAUGAAGUGCUACCUACUAGAGCCGGAGAACAGUGGCCCGGAGAGUUGCCUGUAUGACCUCGCUGCUGUGGUGGUGCACCAUGGCUCUGGGGUUGGUUCUGGACAUUACACAGCAUAUGCAACUCAUGAAGGCCGCUGGUUCCAUUUCAAUGACAGUACUGUGACCAUGACUGACGAGGAGACCGUUGGGAAGGCGAAGGCCUACAUUCUGUUCUAUGUGGAGCGUCAGGCCAGAGCUGGAUCAGACAAACUUUAAUACUUCCUCUGACCACAGUUCAAUUGUACCGGACAAACAUUUCCAAUUUUCCAUAAAUACUUGAUCCAAGAGUUAAUUUCGUUAUGCACUUUUUCAAUUUCCAGUUUGGGGUUUAGUUUGGUCAGUGGUAGUGACUUACUCAAUAUGGGCACCAACUAAUUUUUGUUGUUGUUCUACCAGAAAACCUCAGCAGGCAUCUUGAUUGGCUGCUUUAGUUGUAAUAACUCAAGUUUUCUAUGUAGUUUCCAGGACUUAGUUCUGUUUGACUUUUUGUAUUAAUGUUUUCAGUUCUCACCAAGGCACAUGUGCUCUGUCCUCACAUUCUGGGAGCCACCCCACUUGCUGCCUUUCAUAGCAGUCAGGAUUGUGUACGCAGGACCUGUGGCCACGGGUCUCAGUGACUGCUCAGGAAUUACUUCUGACUGUAGGCGGUAGCUACUUGCCUGUGUCUCUGGGCUGCUGUUUCUCAGCGUUAAAUAAACCUGUCCGUUCUGUCGCAUCCAUGAUGAAGUCCCAGAAUCACUUGAUUUCUUGUUUCUGUUCUAUUAGUAUUUUCUUUGAGCAGAUUGGCUAAGAACACUGACUCAGCUUUGUGGUAGAGGUACAUUCCAUGAAGCGGGUUCUGUUUGCCCAGCAGAGGUGAGGUUGCCGUCCAGAGUGGACAGUCACCUGCCGUCAGGUGCUGCUGUGGCGCCUUCCAGACACAAGUGGAGUCAGUAUUGGCCUGAGAGCAGAGCCAGGUGAAAGUAUUUUUGUCUCUGAACAAGAAAUAGCUUCUAUUCUUGAAUUAAGUAGCUUAAAAAAAAAUUACUGUUCGCAAAAAUAGGUAGAAGCACUAUUUGUAUUCAACCCAAAUUGAAAUUUGGCCCAUUUAAAGAAGGCAGCUAAUGGCAAGUGCUGGAGGCCAGUGAUUGGAUUUGGGGAUGGAGGUAAUGCAGCCUGCAAGUCAAGAGUACAGAGCUCCAACACAGCUUGUUCCGUGGUCAUCUCUGAAAGGGACAAAAUGUACUUCAUGCAAACUUUGUAGCAAUCUUAUUUUUCUAUUUAGAGAAGAGUUUGGUAGCUUUCCUUGGCUACUGUGAAGCUGAUGGAGCACACACAGCCCAGUUCUGCUUUACUAUCAGCUGGAUGAAUCCUGCAUUCCCUCCGAGCAGAAAUGACAUACUGGAUCAGCACUUCAAUACAGACCUAACGUGAACCUAUCACGACAAUGGCCACAUUCCUCAGUCACAGUAGUCAUGGUCCCAGUGCUGGAUGCAGGCCAGUGCCUUUUCUACAGGGCAUGGGUUCUCUUGCACAACACUGACAAAAAAGUGGCAUUGUGUUUCCAUGAGAAGCCAUGGAGCUGUGCUGAGUUACAUGAGGUAGAGGCACGUGCAGUUAUCUCUGUCCUGCUGGUUUGACCCACAGAUGCAGGUGAUACAGCUGAGCCUGACUGUGAGUCUCAUCUGACCUUGGACAAGCUCAUGCAGAUCCAGACCCUUCUGCCUAGAAGGGAGACUCUAGACUCUGUGAACAAUGGCAUUUGUGUCUUGGCCUCUCAAGACUCAGACGGAGCAGCUGCUGUCAUCCCAGGUGGAACACAGCGGCAGAUUGGACUGUUUGUUGGCAUACAAGGGGAAUGCAUCAUCUCUGGGAAUUUUUGUAGUGUGUGUGUUUUUUUUUAAUUGCUUGAUUUUACUUAAGUAACAAUGUCUGAGUGGCGCCAUGAACUGCACCCAUUUGCAUUGUGCAUCUGAACAUCCAUGAUGUAAAUGUGCCUGUAUUUUAAAUCUGUGUAGCCUUAUCACACCUGUUAGACAAGCUCAUCUUUCUGUGCUGUUUACGGCUUUCCCUGUACCAUGCAUUCCAGCCUGCAUGCAGCUUUUUGCUCAGAGUUUAUGCUGAGGCAGGACCUCACACAUACCCUGUCCCAUCAGCCCCUGGGAACAGGAAACUCCAAGUCCUCCCACACAGGUGGGGAUAGAAACAGUUUGUGGCAACACAAGUCUCUCUCCAUGGUGGAGAAACCUAUGCUUAUCCACUGUAUUCUACUCAGUGUGUAGUGACGACAGAUGAUCAAUUAAACCAGUCACACGUGCUGGCCCUGGUUGAGUGUCGUGUGUCUCACCUGUGGAACCUACUCAACGUUAUCCCUUAAAGCCAACUUCCCUUUCUUUGGUUUAAUAUACAUAACCAGUCACCCGUUGUUACCUCCUGGUCCCUUGAGCUCUCUCAUGUCCCUCCUACUGCUUGAAGUCCCCUCUUGGAUCAGGCUCUGGAAAGGCUCAGGUAAGAACUGUUUCCAGAGCCAGAGCAUGAGUCCACAUGUGUCUGACUCACCGCUGGCAGUAUCCACAGGUGAAUGGUGGCUUGCCAAGAUCAUGUGCAUUAAAACUAGUAGUUCUUAUGAUGCCUGGAGGAGAUCGCUGUGCUCAUGACUCAUUUGUUCUCACCGAAAUCCCG